CAGUGUGCUACAACCAAGAAAUUAAAAAUAAAGAGAGAGAGAACAAAAACUUUCCAUAGUUUCCCUCUCGUUUCUCUCCCAAACUCUCAUAUUUAAAACCCACUCCAAAAACCCCGAGACCUCUUUUUUGGUCCACAAGAGAACCCUUUUGCCAGCCCUGUCUUUACUGUGUAAUGCAGCAAGGAAACUACAAAGACAAGGGAGGUUCAGAAAUGGAUGGACGUGAAGAGGAUGACUUGUUCGAAUUGUCUUCACCUUAUUCUCUUCAAAACAUUGGCAACACAAUUAGUAAGCUGACGUCAACUUUCUGUGAUGACGCGGAAGAUGAAGAAGAUGAUAUUGAUAACAGCUUUGCGUUCCAGAUUGAUCGAAGCUUGUUGAUUGAUCCUCGUCUUGUUUUGCUUGACAAAAUGAUCGGUGAAGGCUCUUACUCUACCGUUCAUGAAGGAUUCUACAAACUCAAACCAGUCGCAGUGAAGAUCAUUCAGCCAAGUAAUACAUCAGCUGUAACUCGUGACCAUAAAGAGAGAUUUCAGAGGGAGGUUUUACUGUUGUCUAGGAUGAACCAUGAAAAUGUUGUAAAGUUUAUUGGUGCUUCUGUGGAGCCAACUAUGAUGAUAGUUACUGAACUCAUGAAAGGUGAAACACUUCAGAAGUAUUUGUGGAGCGUACGCCCAAAGCGUCUAGAUCUGAAGCUUUCAAUAAGUCUUGCAUUGGAUAUUUCUCGAGCUAUGGAAUACUUGCAUGCCAAUGGCAUUAUUCAUCGUGACUUGAAGCCCAGCAAUUUACUUCUCACAGAGGAUAGAAUGCAAAUUAAGUUGGCUGACUUUGGGCUAGCUAGAGAGGAAGCAAUGGGUGGAAUGACUUGUGAGGCUGGUACUUACCGGUGGAUGGCUCCGGAGUUAUACAGCAGAGAUCCACUUCCAGUAGGAGCAAAGAAACACUAUGACCACAAGGUGGAUGUGUACAGCUUCUCAAUUGUUCUGUGGGAGUUGCUGACAAACAAAGCUCCAUUUAAAGGAAGGGACAAUGUAACAGUGGCAUAUGCAGCGGCAAAAAAUGAAAGGCCUAGUGUGGAAAGUCUUCCAGGAGAUAUUGUAUCUCUGCUGCAGUCCUGUUGGGCAGAGGACCCGAAGAUCCGACCAGAAUUCAAGGAAAUCACUGGCUCUCUCACAAACUUCCUUCAGAACUUAUGCUCAACAGAGACCACACCUCCCAAGAUAGUUUCAAUGGAUUAUUCGGAAAGCCAUGUACAGGAAGAUUCCAUUGAUGCUGGCCAUGUUCCCAACAAGGCUGAUGACAAGGGAAAGAAACAGAAGACUUCUUCUACAUUCUUCAGCUGCUUUGAUGACUGCUUAUCAGAUUGAUCAGGUGGGAUGGUGGAUCAUGUUUUCAGUUCUUAAACGGAUGAGAGUAAUGUAAAAUUGUACAUGGCUGAUUAUAUUUCUCUCCUUUUUGAUGAAGAUAGACUUUACAAAGACUGUCAAUUUGGACAUCCAUGCCUAUAUAAGACAUCAGAAACAGCUCAGAAUACAAAGAUAAGGAAAAACAAGAAAGGAAAAUAAAGCUUUUAUAAACUCAUAGUAGUCUUUUGACUAUUUAAUGUCUUAAUCCCUAUUUAAG